CUUGUACAAUUCAGGACAAAAUUGCCAGUUUACUCGACCACCGGGAGUCCUAUCGACAGCGUUGCUCUCAAACCUGAAAACCGACGCCUCCGCCGCCUCGCUCCGCCUCCUCCCACCGGCCAACGGCAUUCACAUACUCCGCUUCCCUCUCUCCGAAAGCUUUUCCUCCGGACGGAAAAGUAAUUCGCCGGUCUCCUAUCCUUCCUUAAACCCUGCAAGGAUACUCAGCUGCCGCCGCCGCCGCUGCCGGAGCUAUGAGGGAAAUUGUGACCGUACAAGUCGGGGGCUUUGCUAAUUUCAUUGGCUCUCACUUCUGGAACUUUCAGGAUGAGUUGCUGGGGCUGGCUGAGGACCCAAAUGCCGAUGAGAUAUUCAAGAACCCGCUGCUUGACGUGGACGUACUCUAUCGUAGUGGUGAGACGCAUCAGGGCAUCCUUACAUAUACUCCUCGACUUGUUUCUGUAGAUCUCCAAGGGACCCUUGGAUCUAUGAGUUCAAGGGGUACAUUGUAUAAUGUUGAUUCACAGGCCGCAUCUGAGGUCAAUACGUGGAGAGGUACUGUUUCAACUCAUGCAUCUGAACCCCACCAGAAGAAUUUGUUCUUGCAAAGUUUGGAAGAGGAGCAGAACCCUACUGAAAGGAAGGGAAAAAAGAUUGACUCUCAGAGGGAAUAUCAGGAGAAGGAUAUAGUUGAAUGUUUGGAAAAUGGCGUGAAGUUCUGGACGGACUACUCAAAGGUUCACUAUCAUCCUCAGAGUCUAUAUGAGUUGAGUGGAUUGUGGAUGGAUGUUGAGGACUUUGACAACUAUGGCAUUGGAAGGGAAGCACUCUCUUCCGGUCAUCAAGAGGAUAUAAGCGAGAGGCUUAGAUUUUUUGUAGAAGAGUGUGACCAUAUUCAGGGUUUCCAGUUCAUUGUCGAUGACUCCGGAGGCUUUUCAGCUGUUGCUGCAGAAUUUCUUGAGAACAUUGCUGAUGAGUACACAAACACCCCGGUUUUACUCUAUACUACUCGAGGUCCUGCGUCUUACAUGAACCUUGGACAAAAGAAGCAUAAGGUGGUUCGGGGACUGCAUGAUGCUGUUUCAUUUUCAAGGCUAUCAUCUCUUUGUAAAUUGAUUGUACCCCUAGGUCUGCCUUCCUUGAGUAGAAGUAAAGCAUCUGCAUACCUCAGCAUUAAAGAUGAGAAGCCUUACCACUGUAGUGCAGUUUACGCUGCUGCACUACAUUCUACUAGUCUGCCAUUCAGAAUGCAAUCUGUUGGACGAGCUGCUGAUUCACAAGAUGUAUCGGGUGCAGUGAGUGUAAGCGAUCUUGUAGAAAUACUAUCAGGGAAUGCUAGGAAAAACAUGGUGGCUAUUUUGGACAUGGCAAUGCCUGCACCUUCUUUGAGUGGGAGAGAUGUUGGGCAGUCUAUGCUUGGUCAUUUACACCCAGUAACAUAUGAAAUAGCAGAGGAUGUGGAAGACUCGCAGGCAAUGGAAACCUUGAAUAUUCAUGGAGUCAUUGGCCAAGGAGGCCACUAUGCUUCGGUUUCUGAAGUGAAGGACUACAUUCAUGCUGCUUAUGAACAUGCAAAUGCGAUGCCAAAGUUUUGCCACCUAUCGGUGGCCCGUACUCCGCUUCCGAUACCCUUGCCAUUUCCUCGAAUCUUCAGCAGUCUCGUGGGCGGUCAGGGCAAGCUACUGGGUGAACCCAUUGCGGGCUCUUUGUCGAGGGGAUCCGUCGAUGUGCAUUCCAUCCCUAUAGGAACAAGGCUGCGGUCAAGCAUUGCCAUCUUGCCACAUCUUGAGAACAGGUUGACACAUCUCCAGAGGUUUGGGAUUCAACGAGGAGCAGCUGGUUCCGAGUUGCUAAGAGGUUGGGGUUUUGGUAGGGAUGAGUUGGAAGAAAUGGGAGAAUGUCUAACAAGGAUGGUUAUGGAACUGAAGCCCCAAGCUAUAAUGUCUGAUGAUUCGGAUUGA